GGGAAUAUAUUCUUGUUACCGUAAAUGGAGGUAGUGAGGAAGGCGGUGGCUACAGUUUCUGCAUAUAUAAGUAGCAAAAAUCCGAAACAAUCGCUACAGUUUCUGUAACCGCUGUGAAGUGAGUUAGUGAGUGUGUGACUGUGUAAGUGUUUCCAUUCUCUCAACAAAAAUGGUGAAUCGACGCUUCACUCAUGUACCAACCAGUGACGACGAAGAAGACGAGUCACCUCCCCUUUUCAACCACCAAUCCACUCUCCAACAUAACCAACCCAAAAGGAAGAGGAUGAAGCUCCAACAAGAAGACGACGAUGAAGAAGAAGAGGACUUAAACGACAAUUUCAACAAUAAAACGAUUAAGCCGAACGACAACGAAGAGGAACCUUCCACCGACGAAGAGGAAUCGCCACAGGAAGACGCUAAUCCCGUUGGUGAACCAGUUAGGGUUUCAGGAAAAGGAAGAGGCAGAAAAAAACACUUCCGUUCCUUCGAAUACGACGGAAGCCAAUACACACUCGAAGAUCCUGUGCUUCUUGUGCCUGAGGAUAAAGAUCAAAAGCCGUAUGUGGCAAUUAUUAAGGACAUUACACAAACCCUAAAUGGUAGCUUGAUGAUCACAGGGCAAUGGUUUUACCGUCCAGAAGAAGCAGAAAAAAAGGGAGGUGGUAGCUGGCAGUCACAUGACACAAGAGAGCUGUUUUAUAGCUUCCACCAAGACGAGGUUCCUGCAGAAUCUGUUAUGCAUAAGUGUGUGGUGCAUUUCAUUCCCAGACAUAAACAGCUUCCAAAUCGUAAGCAGCAUCCUGGGUUUAUUGUGCAAAAGGUGUAUGACACAGACGAAAUGAAAUUAUGGAAGCUAACUGAUAAGGACUAUAAGGACAAUAACCAGCAAGAAAUUGAUGAGUUUGUUCAGAAAACUAUUCAACGAUUGGGUGAACUACCUGACAUUGAGACUAAUGAAGCUUUUGCUGAUCAGGAAGAUCUGAUGAAAAAUAAAAGAAUCUUAAAGAAAAGGAGUAUUUCACCUCUCGAUGUUUCAAGGGAGGAGGAAACAUUUCGAAAGAGUGCCCAACAUCUGAAAACUGAAACACCAAGGAGUCGUGUAGCUAAUACCUCAGAGCAUUAUCGCAUAUUAGUCAAUUUUAAUGCACUAACAGGAGAUACCCAUCGUGACAAAGGUUUGGUGAUGUUGCUUCAAAAUGUUCAAUACUUGUUUGAUACCAAAGACAGCAGAAAGAAAAAAGACAAAUGUAGUGACAAUUCUGAUGCAAUAAACAAGGGAUGCAAUAACAGAAGUAUAGAAAUAGCAAAUGAAUGUAAAGACAAAGUUCUGAAGAGUUCGGAGUCUUUGGUCUGGCCAGAUGUUGCUAUUCCCGCUAUAGUUGCGCUGGAGAAAGCUUCACAUAAUACAUUUUCAUCAGAUUAUCAGAAGUACAGCCAAAAGCUACGACAAUUAGCAUUUAAUCUCAAGAACAAUGCAUUUUUGUUACGCCGUUUAUUAAAUGGAGAGCUGCGACCUUCAAAAAUAUUGAAUAUGACUCCCACUGAAUUAAAGGAGGGUCUGACUGCUGAGGAAAUAUCCAAGAGUGAGCCCGAUGAGCCACAGCACAUGCAGAUGACGGAUGCUCGCUGCAAACUUUGUUCAGAGCGUAAGGUGGGCGUGAGGGAUAUUAUCCGUGCAGGACAUGUUGACCGAUAUAUGCUGGAAUGUACUACAUGUGGUCAUUCCUGGUCCGCCUCUCGUGAUGCAGUGUCUGUGCUGACAUUAGAUGCAUCAAAUUCAGAAAGAAAUGUAGGCACGGCCCCAUGGGCGACGGCAAAAUUUGAAGAUGUUGAGAAGAAGCGGGUGAGUCCCCGUGAAUCUGAAAAGUCGACCAAUGACAUCUUUAAGAAAACUAGUGAAGCAUAUAUGCCUGUUUUGGAAGCCCAGAAAUCAUUUGGCAAGUCAAGGAAAGAUGAAAACAUAGAAGCUUCAAGACGUGCUUACUAGGAGGAAUAUUCUGUAUUUUGGAUAUCUUUUUUGUUUGGAAUCAUGAUACCAGUAGCAAAAUGUUGUCUAUAGUUCUCAUCUAGUUUGAAUAUGUGAAUGUGAAUACAGUUAACUAAUGGAUCUUAACUUGACAAGAAUUUAUACUUAACGUAGAAUGUUACUGUGAUGCUAGUUUCCCUCAAAGAGCUAAUUAUGGGUAUUGGGCUGUGAUGUUGAUGUUUCA